AUGGACCAGCCGCCUCUAGUCGUUGACAACGGAACUGGCUCGGAUACGCGGGGUCCAACUUUCCCGAACAUGGCAAUCUUCCCAUCUGUCAUCGGUCGCCCUAUUCUCCGUGCCGAAGAGCGUCUCGGUCAGCACCUAAUCAAGGACAUCAUGGUCGGCGACGAAGCCGAGGCCGUACGUUCGUACCUCCAAAUCACCCACCCGAUGGAACACGGAAUCGUCAAAGACUGGGACGACAUGAAACAUCUGUGGGAUUACACAUUCGAUCAGAAACUCCGUGUUGACCCUGCCGGACGAAAGAUCCUCUUGACCGAGCCUCCCAUGAAUCCAAAGCGGAACAGGGAACGUAUGGCGCAGGUCAUGUUUGAAGAGUAUGGAUUUGGGAGCGUGUACGUCGCUAUUCAGGCGUGCUUACCUUGUACGCGCAAGGAUACCGACAUACUAGGUCUGACGACGGGUGUUGUCGUUGACUCGGGAGACGGUGUAACGCACAUUGUCCCUGUAUACGAUGGUUUCGCGCUCCCGCACUUGACGCGCCGACUCGAUAUCGCAGGUCGAGACGUAACGCGUUACCUCAUCAAACUGCUUCUUAUGCGUGGGUACGCGUUCAAUCGUACGGCCGAUUUCGAUACCGUCCGAGAGAUCAAGGAGAAAUUCUGCUAUGUGAGCUACGAUUUAGAGAUGGAUCAGAGGCUGAGUGAGGAGACGACGGUGUUAGUUGAGAGUUAUACUCUCCCCGAUGGACGUACGAUCAAAAUUGGUGCAGAACGCUUUGAAGCGCCUGAAUGCAUGUUCCAGCCCCAUCUCGUGGACGUUGAACAACCGGGUGUAGCAGAAAUGCUUUUCCAAACAAUUCAAUCAGCUGCAGUCGACACUCGUGCCGAACUCUAUAAGCACAUUGUUCUCUCUGGUGGAUCCAGCAUGUACCCAGGCCUCCCUUCACGUCUUGAAAAAGAGAUGAAGCAACUGUACUUGACACGAGUUCUUGGAGGGGACACAAGCAGGCUACGCAACUUCAAAAUGCGCAUUGAGGACCCUCCUCGCCGAAAGCACAUGGUCUUCCUUGGUGGUGCGGUGCUUGCAGAUAUCAUGAAAUCACGCAACGAGUUCUGGGUCACCAGGGAAGAGUGGUACGAACGUGGUGCAGCGUCGUUGGAUAAGCUCGGACGAGGAGAGUAG